ACAAAAAAAUGUCCCUCGGCUGCUUCCGUCGGCGUUGUCAUGGAGCUCGAAUACACAACUGAGCUGUGAGGAAAACUUUCAGCAUGGCGAAACAAAUAAACUGACAUAUUUCUAUUCAGUUUUCUUGUUUGUUUGUGAUAUUACUGCAUGAGAUACAGAUACAGUGGUGCAAUGUUGACGGAUCAUCCAGUGAAUCCUCUGAGCUCAGGUAUUCCCUUUGGAGUCACACACAACCCACAUAGAAAGAGGGUCUCACGCCUCAGGUCAGGCAGUCCUCUGAAGAGAAGUCAAAACUGCUUUUUUGGGGUGGAGACCUGGGCUGAGCUGGUCUGGGAGGGCUGGGAGCCAGGGCGAGAGUAUACCAAAUCAUUGUUCCUUAGAAGCAUUCAUGGAAAACUCCAGAAACUUACCUUCAGACCUCCUACUUCCAAGUUCUUCAGCACACCAUUUCCUCAGACCAUCCUACUGAGCCCAGGAACUUCUUACUCACUCCCAGUUACUUUUCAGCCUCUUGAGAAAUGUGAGUAUGCGGACACUAUAGAGUUUCAGGGCAAGGAAGGCACAUUCCACGUGUCUCUGCGAGCUGUGAUUCCUCAUCAUGCCCUGGAGGUACCAGACACGGUGAUGCUGCCACCCUGUGCUGCCCAGCACAGCUCCCAAACCAGCUUCCUCUUUCGUAAUUCCAGUAAGCUGCAGACAGGAUUCAGGUGGUUUGUGGAUCCUCCGUUCCAGCUGUCCCCUGAGACUGGACAGUUGAAGCCUGGAGAAGAAUGCAGGGUUACAGUAGAGUUUACACCCCAGCGGUCUCUAGUGUAUCAGGCUGAGGCCUGCUGUGCUUUUGGAGAUAAUGGGGAAAGCAGCUGUACUGUGCUUCUGCGUGGGCUGUCCAAGUACCCUCACCUCCAGAUCAGCUCCAUGGGACAGGAGGAAGGCUGCAAGGUGCUUGAGUUUGGCAGUGUGGCAGUAGGAGACUCUCUUGAAAGGCACUUUGAGAUCUACAACCUCUCCACUGUUAGCACAACAUUCAGUCUGUCCUGGUUGAGAUGUCCCGCUCUCAUGGAGUCUGUGUUCUGCUGUGAAGUUCAUGAAGGGAAGAUCGCUCCAAAUUCAGUGUUGAAAGUCCCCGUCUGCUUCUCCCCACUCACAGUGGACAGCAUAAGUGUGGACUAUCUCUCUCUUACCUGUCCUGGGGCUGUAAGCAAAGACCUGCUCAAAGUGUCAGGCACAUGCAUAGGUCCAAUAGUGUCUCUAAAUACCUCUGUACUGGAUUUUGGCUGUGUUGAGGAGGACACAGAGGUCACACGCAAUGUACAGAUCAUCAACUCCUCUGCAGUAUUGGCUCAUUACCAGUUUGAUGUGGACACUGGCAGCCAUAGCGUGUUCAGCAUUGACAAGCCUUGUGGCUCUCUGCCAGGCAGCAGCAAACUCACUCUGCGUAUGAAGUUCCGCCCAUAUCAACCUAUAGCUUAUCACAAGACAGUGACCUGUUUACUGCUGCACAGGGAGCCACUGUUUCUGGAUCUGAUUGGCACCUGUCACUCAGAGCAGUUGAAGCCAGCCGUUUUAACCCCCAUACACCUGAGUAUCUACAGAAUGAAUCUGCUCCGAGGGCUCACCUGUUAUCCUCCUGACAUACUGAAUGCCUUGCUGGACGAUCACAAAUUAAAACUGGAUGAUAGCGGAGCAUUGCUAAUCCAGGAGAUUCCAGCAGAGGACACUGACAAAUCCACACUUCUCUUCGACCCACGCAGUCCUCUGGAGGAGUAUUUCCAUGUUAAUUCAGCACCUGAAGCGGAAACAGAAGUUGACAACACCUCAAACCCCUCCAGAUUCCCCACCCCCCAUGUUACAGUUCAGCCCUCUGAGCUCCUUUUUUAUGACGGCCCAGCAUCUAAGUCAGUCUCCAUCACCAACCACACCAAAGGCAAGAUCUGUCUGAUUUGGACUCAUGGAGCCGAAUCCCCUUUCUCCAUCUCUCCUCUCUCCUGUGAACUGGGUCCUCUAAAGAGCACAGCCUUCAGAGUGACAUACAGUCCCAACCAGCAGAACGUCUUCCAUGCAGCACAACUUGAGUGUUUCAAUUUUUAUAAGGUUCUGAGGGAUCAUAGAAAUGUGGAGGAUCGGACUUUGUGCCCACCCUGGUGCCUUACAGUCAGGGUGAGCGGUCACUCGUUUCAGCCUGGAAAAGAGCACUUCAUCCCCAACUUCUCUCUUCAACACCCUAAAGUAGUAUUCCCAGCACUGAGACAGGUGGCAUACCGCAGUAUUCUCCUGCAGAAUACAGGGGAUCUGCCCUUGAUCUUCAGACUAGACCCAGAGGAAUGUCCAUCUGUAUGUGUGCUGCCACCCAGUGGUCUGGUGCCACCAGGCAGCUACCAGAUUCUCACAUUCAGAUGCACUCCAUCACCGGAUCACCCUGCCAGUAUCCCUUUGUUAUUACAUCUGAAUGCCAGCCCCAAACACACACAGGUACUGAAUGUGGUCGCUGUUGCAGAGAAGCUUUCCAUGAGUGUGGAGGGGAAUGGCAGUCUGUUCUUUCAGCCCACAGCCAUGGGCUCCUGCUCUGAGAGAACCCUGCGGGUGAAGAACCUGAGCAGAGUGCCAGUGGAGUUCAAGUGGAGGCUGUGUGGAUCUGACCAAAGGGUUCUGACUGUACUGCCGGACACAGACACGCUCCAGCCCAAUGAAUCGAAGGUACAGAAGUGGUCCUUUGCUCCUAUAGAGGAGAUGAUGUACAGCAUGAAGCCCAGUCUCACGUUCUGGCCUGUCCAAAUGCCACAAUCCAAGAAGUCCAGGCUUAUCAUUAAAGCUGUUGGAUUGGCAUCCAAAGGGUCUCUCCAGGCAGAGCAUCCUGUUAUAGAUCUUGGUGAGGUCCUGGUGGGAAGCUGUAAGUCAUUUGAUGUCCCUCUACUGAACGACAGCCCCUGUGCUGUCAGCUUCUCUCUGACCACACAGCAGAGCGUCACAGUUACAGGCCUCCCCGAAGAUAUGACUCAAGAUCCUUUGGUUCUGGAGAUGGAGAAUGUGAGCAGAACCAUACCUGCUGACUGCAGGCUACCGAUCCGCUGCACAGUGAAACCGGCACGCAGGGCCCAUUACUGCUGGACCAUCAGUUACCACAUCCUCAAUGCCUCUGGCUCAGGGGGAGGAGAGCCGCAAUCUGUUUGCCAUGUACAGGCCGAGGGAGUGUACCCCACCCUAGAGGUGAUGGAUGCCCGUAGCUGUGGCAGUGUGGAGGGUCUUAGUAAACUGCAGCUCUGGCGCCUCUUCAAUCUGGAUGCACUCAACACUUAUCUGCGCAGAGAUCCCAGCCCAUCUGAGCUCACCUUCAGGGUGCCCACUAGACACAGUUUUCAACGUUGCCCUUCCAUCUUCACCUCAGCCAUGUUGGAUUUUAGCUUCAGCGCGGCUCCCCUAGGCUCAGACCCUUCUAGUAUUCUGCUUUUGUUUAAGAACCCAGGAAGUAUUCUUGUAGAGUGGUCAUUCUUGCUUCCAGAGGACCAGCAGAUUGAGCUGGAGUACUGGGCUGAGUCUGGAGAUUUCAGUCCAUCUGAGCUCCACCUGAUGAAGAUUCAGGACCACAGGCUCUUCUCCGUCUCCCCACACUCUGGUAAACUCCUGCCCGGCCAACAGAGGACGGUACAAUUCACAUACAGACAUGACUUUGUGGGGACAGAUCGUCUUCCUGUCUUGUUGAAACUUUCACAUGGAAGAGAAAUACUGAUGAAUUUUAUAGGAGUAACUGUGGAAAGAGACAGACGCUACAUUUACCUCUCCUCCAACCAGCACAUCUUUUCCCCGGUGGCAAUUGGCGGGUUCAGUCCCCCCAAACAGGUGUUUGAGUUGUAUAAUGCAGGCGCUCUUCCGCUGAGAUAUCACAUCGACACCACUCCCCUGGAGGAGCUGAUGGAGGAGAACUUCAGUCACCCAGUCUUACAGUGUCUGAACCCUGGAGGAGAAGUGGAACCAGGCCACACCGCCCUGGUGGAGUGGAUCUUCUCCCCACUGGAGGCUAAAACAUACAGUGUGGAUGUACCUAUACACAUGGUGGAGGGGGACAGCAUGUUUGUAACUUUUGAGGGCCAAGGCUUUGAUGAAAGAGAGGCAGAACCCAUUCAGAUACAAGAUGGGCGUAUUACUGUGCCUUGCACUCAAAGAAUCCCAGUACCUGGACAAGUGGUGUUCCUGUCAGAAGAGAGAGUGUGUUUUGGUGAUAUCCCAGUGGGCUCUCAUAUUACACGCAUCCUUUUUUUGACCAAUGUCUCACACACAGACCAAGUGUUGUAUAAAUGGAAUGGAACAAGCACAGAAUGCCAACAGACUGUAAAGAUCCGUCCUGAGAGUGGUCGUCUGGCACCAGAGGAGAGUGUUCUCUGCAUCCUGACAAUACAGGACUCGGGCAGCCCUACUUUCUAUCAGCAAGACCUCAUCUGUGAGAUAACUCUUGUGAAGAAGCUUGCACAGUAUCACAAAGACCUUCGACAGUGGGAGGAGGAGACCGAAAGACAGAAAUAUGAGUUUACUAUCACUGAGAAAGACCUGAUACAGGCAAACCAACUGGAUAAAUGCUCUCAGGAAGGUGCAGUGUUUGAACAGAAAACUGGCACAAGAAAAUACAAGACUCUUCCGCCCAUCCGUAGCAGUGAUCAAGCUGAAAGCGGUUCCUCAGUGAGACCCAGUCGGGCUGAACAGUGGGCUCAGCAGCAGACAGGCCAGGAAAGGAGAAGACGUCCCGAGCCUCCUCGUCCUGCAAUACUGCACUUAGGUGUCACUGCACGCUCUCACAGCCUCAUGGAGUAUCGGACACAUUUCCCCACUCAGUUCAACACUCAUUACAUCAACAGGUCUAGGCAACCCAAGCUUUUUCAGUCUGGGACAGGUGCAGACCUGCCCCCACUGACUCUGGGUCCUGAGAGAGAUGUCAUCACACACGUGCUCACCUCUUUACUACAGAGUCUCCUAGAUGAGCCUCAGUUCCAGCAGUCUCUGGUAGAGGGCGACAAUGAGCAGGUGCCAUACUUCACACAGCUGCGGCCUGCUCCUGCGCGCCCCACAAAAACACGACCCCGCUCUGCUGCAGGCAACCAGAGUCCUGUAGAAAUGUCCAGUGUGUCCAGUGUCACUCCAGCAGAGACUUACACAGGAAACUGUAGCACUGCAGACAGACCCAAGAGUGAGUGUGUCCAGGAGUCUCUGAGAGAAGUCCAGGAGGUGAUAAAAACGAAGGUCCAGGAGUCCAUUCGCAGGUUGCCUGAGUUUAGUGACCUAGUGGAGGACAUUUUGCUCAACACCUUGCAGAACCUAAUGAUGGAGGCUUUCUUGGGUGAGCUGGUCCUGACAACACGACCACGAAUCAUCGCUCUUCCACCUUCUUCUUCCAGGAAAAACAGCCUUGGCUCCAACAGACAGUCCAGGGCCGAAUCGAAUAACAACAGGGAGCAGAUGCGCCUCCUAGUGACCAGCCCAGGCCCCUACAUGUCUACUCAAGCCAUGGUCUCAAACCUGGAGCCUGAGCAGCAAUGAGCCAUUCUGCACUAUUAACUUAACACUCAAUAUCUGUAUGACAUGUUUGAGACUGAUUCGUAUUAAACCGUUUUUAAAAAUGAUACACCCUGGUAUAAAUUAUCUGAAUCUGUCCAAUCACCAACAGCUGGAUCU